ACUCCGUUCACCGUGCCGUUUACACGCUCCUCACUCUCUCUCUCUCGCACUCUCUCUCUCUCUCUCAUUCUUUUUCAUUCUCGCUCUCCGCUCUCUCACCGAGUCCGGUUCGACGUUUUUCACGUUCUCCGUCCGGAAUAUUUUUUCCCACAACCGAGUUCGUCGACUCUCAGCAGUUUUCGCGCUACACGCUGCUCCGUGUAUCUCGCCCGACGUCGAGUUGCCCACCGGUGUGUGCGUUGCCGAUUCACAUUAUUUCAACAACGAUUUCGUUGGUACUUCGCGUUUUCCGUCGAUAAACAAUAAUCGCAAUCAUGAAAUCCGUACCGAUGUGCCGUAACAACAACAACAACAACAACAACAGCACCGGCGCCGUGUCCGGCGGUCGGGUGCACCGCAAACCGCGCGGCAACGACGUGGAAGACGAGAAAAUCCAAAAGUACCUGGCCAAGCUCAAGGACCUGGUGCCGCUGAUACCCAAGGACAAGAGGAUAUCCCGGCUGGAGGUGAUCCAUCACGUGAUCGAUUACAUAUGCGACCUGGAGGACAUGUUGGAAAACCACAGGUCGGUGAACGCGGACGCCGUGCACUCGGCCGCCGCGGCCGUCAUGCUCUCGUCCUCGGUGGCCGCCGUCCGGCAACCGCUGGGAAUCAUAUCGACGCCCAACGCCCUGGCCGCGGCAGCCGCCGUGGCCGUCGCCGCCCAACCGCAGUCGUCCGCCGGACCGGUGAGUUACUUAUACCGAUACUUACACCUGUGAUAUUACGUAGACAACGCAUACCGCCUACACCCCGUAUAAUACACUCGGCACGUCCGCGUAACGGAAUAUAGUUCACGAACGGUUUUUUUUUUUAUCUAUUCCCGCGUGCGCCGCACGUCCGUACGAUGACUUUCUCUUGGGAGUUUUCGCCGUCCCGUCGCCAAAUCGGUGUAGUAUAAUAUCGUAUUUGGGUAUAGGUGAACACGGUCGGCAUUUCGUUUCCCAUUCUCUCCGCCCAUUCGGUUUGCGCUGUUGUACCCGAUUUUAUUUUUUUUGCGACAUGAGUAUUUAUUUGUGCUUUUUUUUGGUUUUUUUUUUUCCAGACAAUUUCCCCGGCUUCCCGUCCGCAAGACAAUAAGCUAUCGAAUCCGUCGGACACGAGAGCCGUUAGCUGUUAGACACCGACAAUAAUAUUAUUGUAAUACGCGUACUGCUCGCGCGCAUUAUUACUUAUUCAAAAUUAUAUAUCAUAUAAUAUACUGACACGGAGAAGAAAAGAAAAAUUAGAAAACGUUGCUCGCCGUCGCCACCGCCCGAGAACCGCCGACACCGAGACGCCGCGGUAGCCACCGUCGUACGCUCGUAUUACGGGCCACCGUCGAGGAAAACCGUUUGUUUUUGUUUUUUCGCUCUAUCGAAUGUAAUACAAUACGAAACACGUUAAAAUACAUUCCAAUAACAUUGUAACGUUAUGCAGAGAGGCGGGUCGAUUUACUCGCGAAAUUUCGGUUCUCGUCAGAGCUCGUCGUUUUUUUAAUUUUUUUUUUUUUUUCUGCCACUGUAUAUAGUUUAGGUUAAAAUCCUAAUUAUUGUUAUUAUUUUAUUAUUAUUAUUAUUAUUUUUUUUUUUUCGUUACGACUGUGAUCCUAUCAAUAUUAUAUUAUUUUUUAGCCUAGGUUUUAGUAUUUAUAUACAUAUAUUAUUAUUAUAAUUAUAUACACGUUUAGCUUUACGUGUAUACAUACAUAUAUAUAUAUAUUCGUGUAGCGCAUAUUAUCGGAGAAUAACGAUUAAUAUAGGCGACCCAAAUCCUAGACGUUAUAUCAUCGUGUAUUUUAAAAAACAAAAAAAAAAAAAAAUAAAAAAAUAACGCAGAACAUAAAACCGACGAUGAUCGAACGUAAUAUGAAAACUAUUACGUCGUUAUCGGCCCGGCUAUGCAAGAGAGGGACUCGUCGUCGUAUUAUUGUUAUUAUUAUUACUAUGCAUGCCUGGUAUUAUUGAUGUGUAUGUGCGUAUAUCAGCGCUUUUUUCGCCUUUGAAUACUUUUUAUCAUUAUUAUUAUUAUUUUUUUUUCUCUCUUAUUUUGUUUUCUUUUAUUAAAUGAUUUAAUAUUGUUUGGGUAUUUUUUUUUUUUUUUAUUAUUAUUUUUAACUAUUGUCAUUAUAUACCUAUCGUGUACUUAUUGAGUUAUUAGCUUUUAAUUCGAUAUUUAUAUCAUUAUAAUAUUAUAACAAUAAUAAUAAUAAUAACGAUUUAUUACAAAACGCAGAUAAAACCGUAUCGGAUUUGUUUAUUUACUGACAUC